AUGCUGCAGUUCACGCCGCUCUCUGCCCCGUAUGUGGCGGAGCAGAGCAGUGCGCAUGCGGAGCAUCCACGCGCUCUAGCAUACUUGCUGGAGAUCGAUAAUGCGCGUAUCUUGCUGGACUGUGGCGCGCCGGAAGACUUGUGUUUCGAGGCGACGUCUGUCAAGUGUGAGCGCACUGAGCUACAAGGCACAUUGCCGGAGAUCUUGCAAACAAUUGGAUCGACUAUUGAUGUGGUUUUGCUUGCGCAUGCGGAGAUGGCGCAUAUGGGCUUGUAUGCGUAUGCCUACACGCACUAUGGUCUGCAAUGCCCUGUGUAUGCCACACUGCCUGUCCAGGCCAUGGGCCGUCUACAGAUGCUAGAUAUCGUGCGUGGAUGGAGCAACGAAGUGGACCGCACCUCUGAAGCGUCGACACGGUGCCUUCCAACAGAAGCGCAAGUCGAUGAAGCCUUUGAGGCUAUUCGCACCGUACGAUACUUGCAGCCAACGCCGCUCGAAGGCAAAUGCGCCGGCCUCGUACUCACAGCCUACAAUGCAGGCCACACUUUGGGAGGCACAGUAUGGAAGCUGCGUUCCCCGUCGGUCGGUACAUUGGUCAUGGCCCUCGAUUGGAACCAUCAUCGCGAGCGUCACUUGGAUGGCACAGCGUUGGUGUCUGUCGGCGCUGCAGCGCCGCUGGCACACACGGUAGGACGGCCCGACGUGUUUAUCACAGGCGUAGAACGUGGUCAGCGUACCAAUGCGCGCCGAAAAGACCGUGAUGCUGCGCUGCUUGAGCAAGUGCAUCGUACCCUAACAGGCGGCCAUUCAGUCUUGAUCCCUGUGGAUAGUGCUGCGCGUAUGCUGGAAGUGCUCGUGCUGCUGGAUCAGCAUUGGGCGUACGCGUACCAGCACCAACGCUUCCCGUUGUGCCUGGUCUCGCAUACCGGCCAGGAAGUCGUGGAACGUGCACGUACGUUUAUGGAGUGGAUGUCGCGUGAGUGGGCUAUUCAGCUCCUGGACGCGUCGGACAAGCAGCGUGCGCGACGAACCAAAAGCCAGGCACUGACCAAGUCGCCGCUGGACUUCCCUGGCGUGCGGUACUUUACGUCCGUGGAAGCACUGCAUCAGGCGCUCUCUGCUUCGCAAGUGAAGGUCGUUUUGGCGACACCAGCUGCGAUCACGCAUGGCCUAGCUCGGCAGCUGCUGCCAGACUUUCUCUGUGAUCCAGAUGCGCUGCUGGCCAUGAUCGAUUGUGGUCCACGUGGCUCGCUGCUACGGACGCUGUUUGACCGGUGGAAUGCGACACAGUCUGAUCCAUUGGCUUGGCGCACAGGGCACAUCGGCACGGCGGCGACACUUGGCGGCACGAUUACCUAUGAGAUGCGGCGUCGAGUGCCCCUGGCUGGCGACGAACUGCGUGCGUACCAUGAGCGGAAGCAGGCUGAGGCGCAGGCGCAGGCGCAGCGUGUAAAGGUAGCGCCACGACAGCGUGAAGCUGACGCCGAUGAAAUGGACGACGAAGAAGAUGGCUCGUCGUCAGACUCAAGUAUGGAUGAAGACAACGAUGGCGAGCUUCUUGCGCAUCGUCGGCUCAUGUCGACGCGCGACAUUGCGCCGGACGCGAUGAAUACCAAAGAGUCGACGGAGAUCUCGUUCGAUAUCUACCUACGUGGCCAUGCCAGUCGCGAUGCCGGGCAGCACUACCGUAUGUUCCCUGCGGCGGAGCGCAAGCGGCGUGUCGAUGGCUACGGCGAGGCUAUCGAUACCGCGCGAUGGCUUGCGCGACGACGCCGAUUGGAGGCCGAGCAGGAAGAGCAGCUUGAUCCCGAGCGAUUCCGACGUGCGGCUGCGCAGCAAGCGCGGACGAAGGCCCAAGCCACAGCACCGUCCGAGGUGCCGUCCAAGUAUACCACCGACACGCUCCAUGCCGCAGUACGAUGCCGCGCCAUCUACGUCGAUCUGCAGGGCUUGUACGAUGGACGAGCGCUCACGACCUUAAUUCCCCAAUUGCAGCCACGCCGCGUCAUUCUGGUGAAUGGCGACGCAACGACGUUUGCGGAGAUGCGCACGACGCUGAGCAAGUACGAGCUGUACAUGCCAAGUCUCGGCGAGACAGUGACGGUGGGGGGCCUCGUCGACUCGUACAGUGUGCGUCUCGGGGAUACGUUGAUGAGCCAGCUGCGUUGGCGUCAGAUGGAAGAGUACCAAGUGGUCCACGUCCACGUCGCGCCUGAUUUUGCAGGCGAUGCAGAUACGCCGACACUGAUGCCCGUGCACGACGCAGCUACGCUGCAUGCUGCGCAGGCGCCCUCGACCUUGUACGUGGGCGACUUGCGUCUAUCGGCGCUCAAAGCGUACUUGGCACGUGAGCACCGCAUCCGCGCGGAUUUUGCCGGCGAAGGUGUGAUGAUCUGCACCGACAAGCAGGGCGAUCGGCCUGUGCGUGUGGCCAAGCAGGCCGAUGGGCGUAUUGUGAUUGAGGGCAACGUAUCGAUGAACCUCGUACGUGUCCGUCAAGCCAUCUAUCAUCUCGUGGCGCAAGUCAAUCAAUAG